AUGACAUUAUUUGCAUUGUCCUGUGUGGCAUUUGCCGCACCCGUCGAUGACGAACACGCUGAGGUCCUCAAAUACGAGAACGAAAAUAUCGGCGUGGAUGGUUUUAGAUAUGCAUACGAAACGAGCAAUGGAAUUUCGGAAGCUGCCGAAGGUCAAUUGAACAAUGUCGGUACUGAAAACGAAGCAAUUUCCGUUCGUGGGCAUUUCACUUUCGUAGGUGCCGAUGGUGUAACUUACACCGUGAAUUAUGUGGCCGAUGAGAACGGAUUCCAACCAGAAGGCGACCACAUCCCAAAAUAACUUUCAACGGA